CACAACAUAUCUGCAAUAUAUAUCAACAUAUACACACAAAUAUCAGUGAAAACACAGACAAAAAUGGAGAAGGCAGUGAGAAAUCUAGAAAAGAAAGAUUCAAGCUUGAUGUUCAGAGAGAUUUCACCGCCACACAAAUGGGAUCAAGAUUUGGAUUUUCAUUACCUGCGUUUGACUCUUCCCGGUUUUAUAUCAGCCGACAUCACUCUGCACAUGGACAAAUACGGUCAUCUAGUGGUGCGUGGGAGCCACAAUAUAACAGAACACAAGUACUUGAGUUUCGAGGAGACGUUCGAUGUUCCUGAUGGGGCCAACCUCGAGCUCGCCGAGGGAAUAUUCGAAGACGAACAAAUAUAUUGUGUGACCAUCCCCAAGAGCAACAAAUUAGGACAACAAGUCUCCGGCUCCGACUCCAAAAGGGUAAAAUUUGACGAUCACGAUCAGAACAAAUACAAGAAAAAUGACCUUAAUGAACGACCGCGUCCAUCCUCAGUUAUUGAGACACAAAAUUCUAUGAAGAAAAUUGCAUUUCUAAUUGCAAUAUUAGUUGCGAUAUAUGCUGCUUGGCUUAAUCGUUAACUUAGUUAAUGAUUGAGAAAAUAAUUAAACAAUUGUUUGUAUAAUGUUAAAUAAGCAUGUAAGUGCAUAAUGUUCGAUCUAUAAAACUGAUCAAUUGCAAAAUAA